GUUCAGGUGUGUUGCUCAGGUGUGUUGCUCAGGUGUGUUGCUCAGGUGUGGAGCAGGGCGUGAGGAGGACAGAUGGCAGGUGAGGUGAGAGCUGGAGGGCAGGGUGAAGCCGGAGCCUCGGGGGAGAGCAGGCCAAGCAUCACACAGCGUCCGGGAGUUCUGAGGAGAGUGACUGUAAGCCCCUUUCACAGCAGAUACAAGGCUCUGCUUUCCUCCUCCUCAGGAUCCGGUUCUUCUCCAGCAGCUGGUUUUAAACAGGAGAGUGACUUUCUCAUCCACCUGUCUGAUAAAACACCGCCCUCAGGAGACACGCCCACACAGAACGGGAUUAUCAGUAAAACCCUGAAUUCCUUCAGCUUCACUCCUCCGAACAAAGCUAAUGGACUCAAUGGAAGCUCAACCACUGUGGACCCCUUCUCUCCUCAAGGCAAAGAGAACAUGGCGGUGCCAAACGGUAGAGGAACCAAUGGCUGGCCUUCAGCAUCUUCUCCAGAAACACCAUCCACACCAAAUAACUGGGCGGUCUUCCCACCAUCUCCUGCUUUAGAUCAAGUCUCGGAUCCAUUCCAAGCCACGCCCCCUUCCUGGCUUUCAGACGCCCCUAAGAGUUGGUCAACCAAUCACACCAAGGAUAUUUUACAACCUUCCAAAGCCAAUGAGGAAAAUGGCAUCUCCAGGAGCAUGGUGUCCAAUGGGGUGCAAGCUGCAUCUACCAGUUAUUCAUCAGAUCCAUUCCAAGCCACGCCUCCAUCCUGGCUUUCGGACGUCCCCAAGAUUGGUCCAUCCAAUCAGACCACUGAUAUUUUCCAAUCUUCCAAAGCCAAUGAGCAAAAUGGCAGCUCAAAGAGCAUGGUGACCAAUGGGGUUCAAGCUGCAUCUACUAGUUAUUUAUCAGAUCCAUUCCAAGCCACGCCCCCUUCCUGGCUUUCAGACGUCCCCAAGAUUGGGUCAACCAAUCACACCAAGGAUAUUUUCCAAUCUUCCAAAGCCAAUGAGGAAAAUCGCAUCUCAAGGAGUGUAAUGGUCAACAAGCUCCAAGACACUUCCACCAAUUCUAAAUCUGAUCUAUUUGAAGCCACGCCUCCUUCCUGGCUUUCAGACGUCCCCAAGAUUGAGCCCACCAAUCACACCAAGGAUAUUUUCCAAUCUUUGAAAGCCAUUAAGGAAAAUGGCAUCUCCAGGAGCAUGGUGACCAAUGGGGUUCAAGCUGCAUUUACCAGUUAUUCAUCUGAUCCAUUCCAAGCCACGCCCCCUUCCUGGCUUUCAGAUGUCCCCAAGAUUGAGCCAGCCAAUCACACCGAAGAUAUUUUCCAAUCUUCCACAGCCAAUGAGAAAAAUGGCGUCUCCAAGAGCAUGGUGGCCAAAGAGGCAUCAAACGAGAGGGAUUAUCUCCUGGAAUACAUUCUGGCCAAUCAGAAACAUGAAGAUCCUCAGCCCUCGCCUCCUUCAACUGUAGCGUCUGAUGGGUCAUCAAGCUUCUUCCCGCCUCCCGUCAUCACCGAGGACUCGAUCUUCUCCACCCCCUUUUCCACUGCAGAGAAUGGAAUUUUCCAAAGUACACCAUUAUUUCAGACACCAACGUUUGAUCCAUUCUCUGAUGAUCCCGCUGUAAACGGUGAUCUGUUUAAACCCCAAAAAAGCCCAUUUGAUGAUUUGUUCGCUACUCCUGCUGGGAAUCCCAAUGCUAACACACCUGAAACAUUCCAGGAGAAUUCCUCAGGUGUGUCUCCAGUUAAUGGUGGACUGAUGUUCAGAAGACGUCCUCCUGUUCCAGCUCCACGCAGACCUCUUAAGAAGCCCAGUCAGACUGUGGAGAAUCAAUCUUUAUCAAAAACGGCUCCAAGUGAUCCUCCUCAGACUCCAGUUAUACACCUCCAGUCUCCGCCCACUUCUCCUGUAGCUCCUCCCACUGCCUCGCCAUUUUCUACAACCAGCACUAAGAAUUUGGCACCAGCUGAAGAGGAAAAUAAUAAUCAGGUCUAUGAGGAUGUUCUUCUGAUUGGCCAGGAGAAGUGUGUGGAGGAUUGGCCCGAGGACAGCCCUGAACUCUCCUCUGAUUGGAAGCCUGCUGGAAAAUUAAGACUGAGGAGGGAUUCUGUGAAGGUUACCACAGAAACUGAAGAAACUCUUGGGAGGAAACAUGGAAUAUCUAAGCUGAGCAAGAGGUUUUCGAUCAUUUCUAGACGAGGGUCGAAGGAGAAGUUUGGAGAUGAGCUGAAGGUGGCGCAGACAGCUACGCUCGGCAGAGAGGCAGCGGAAAAAAGAACUCCAGACAGUGUGAACGGAGGCUAUGGAGGAACCUUGCCCUGGGGGACGAAGUUUCCUGAAGGAGCCUCAGAUGAUGUUUUCUCAUCUGAUCCAGACGAGCACAAUGUGUCUGGGACCAGCAAACCAGUGAAGCAGAAGAAGAAAGGGAGAAUUGUCGUUCCUCGGCUAAGUUACAGAACAUCAAAGAUAAAGUCUCCUAAUGCUGUUUAUGAAAACGGAUCGGCCGGUUCCUCUCUACUGCACGGGUCUAAGGAUGGUCUGCUGGCGGAAGCGUCCGAGCUGCAGGGUGGAGAGAAGGUGAGGAACGGUGAGGUGAUGAAGGAGCCGGAGAUGAAGGACUGCAGACCAAAGCAACCAAUGAAGUUAAAGCCCUCUGUUCCCCAACGCCCAUCAAAGAGUGUUUUUGAAGAGAACCAGAAGAAGAUGAAUGAUUUCCCAUUUUCAGAAGAAUCGAAGGAAGACACAUUUAUGAAAACUAAUGCUGAGAGAAGUCCAUUUUCUACAGACUUACUGGAUUCAAGUCUGAAAGAGCCAGAAGGUGCGACUGGAUUCACUCCUUCAUGGGAAUCGCAGGUGGGUUAUCAGGAUGAUCAAUACUCUCCUGGUGAUGUGGACCAGUUCACCACCAGUUUAGAGAACAGGCUGGAGGUGCAGGACUCUCGACCAAAGAAACCUCUAAAACUCAGAUUUCCACGUUUACCUCGGAGAGGAUCGAAGAGCACAACAGAUGAAAUCCCACAGAAAGGAGCAGACCUAUUUAAAGCCAGUGACGCCUGGAGCUCUGACCUCAACAGUCCUGAUGGAUAUAGUGAGCAUAGAAAGCCACCUAUUCUAGUGGUUCCUCCACUCUCCAGAAGAGACUCAGUGGGCAUGAGGGAAUCAGAAACUCCAGAUACAGGAGCAGAUCUGUUUAAAGCAGAGGAUUAUACUGAUGCUGAAAACUACAUGGAGGAGUACAGUCCGGACUCAAAGCCCCAUAAAUCCACAAAAUCACACCCUGCGAGCCGAGACGCAAAGGCUCGAGACGAGGCAACCUUUCCUGAAGACCUCGAUCCACCAGGAGCAACAUCUGGUAACUACUUCCUCUCAGAGGCAGCAAAGGCUGAAUGGAUGUCCUCACAGAUGGACGUGAGAAGAUCGAGAGACCCUGAUGAAGAGGAGAGACUGGAGGGAGUGGAGGAGGAAGAGGAAGGGGACACGGACAGUCUGAUGGAGUGGUGGAACACGGUGGAACUGUGGGACGAGCUUCCGUCAGAUGAGGACAUCAGCCUUAAAGAGGACGAAACUAAAUCUUUCACUGAAAUAGCUGGGAAGGUUCACCGCGGGCUCCGAGUCUUCUAUAAGGUCUUCACUGAACAGGCUGAAGUUCUCUACCAGCAUGUCCUGCUCCUCUACGCCAUCGCCGAUGACCUCAGCAACUUCCACCGCCGCGCCAAAAUCGCCAACAUCACAGGCGGCACCACCACGGCUGUGGGUGGCGUGGCAGCCAUCGCCGGACUGGCGUUAGCUCCAGUAACGUUCGGGGCUUCGCUCAUCGUUUCCGCUGUUGGUCUGGGAGUCGCUACGGCCGGAGGAAUCACCGCGGCUUCAGCAGCUAUUUCAGACAACGUUCACGACAUGAACGACCGUAAGAAGAUCGAGCUCGUGGUGCAGGACUACGAGACCCAUCUGACGGAACUGCAGAGCUGCCUGAGGUUCAUUUCGGAGGGAAUCCGUCGGCUGCGCUGCCACCCGCUGCUGCGGAGGAACAACUACUACGCCGGGGACUGGGAGGUGCGCCGGGCGCUGCAGACCGUCAGCCUGGUCAGUGAACCUGUGGAGCGCGCCGAGGACAUAGUGGCCAACGCCAUGGCCGCCCUGAACAGCGUGUGUAAAGGCAUGGACAAGUACUUCACCAAGGACUCUAGGGAGCUGAGGAAGGGCUGUAAGAAGGAGGUGACCAUGCGAGUGCGAAUGUUGGCCAAGCAACUGCACGAGGGCCUAGUGGAGCUCAACUCCAUCAGGGAACAGCUGCUGGACGCGAGUGGAAACAUCUAGAACGUCUCCCUCGGGCUUCAAGCAUGUGGACGUUCCUACAUUCCUGUGAUGUCAGGAAAGCUGUAGAACUGGAGCAACCAGGGAUAUGACUUUUUGUUUUUCUUCCCUUCCAGUGUUCGUCUCAUCUCAUAAAAAUUAAACUAAAAAAACAAUAAUAAUAUUAAUAAUAAUUAUAUAUUUGACUAGCCUCUUAAAUCCAAUUUAGCCUUAGUUUAGGCUGAAUAGUAUUUUACCAUAUAUUUCGCACUAUAACGUCACCAGAUUAUAAGGCGCAUUUUAUGCGACACUAGUAAGGAACAGGGGUGUCGCCAUGUUUUCCUUCUUAUUCAGCUUAUUCUCGCCGCUGGGUGCAAGAGAGCUGUAAAGCUAAAGCUAAGCUAAGUCAAACAAGUGCUCGAUAUAAAUCUAUACGGAUUUAUCUUCUGAAAACUUUAUUUGGGUGAGUAAAUAAACGAAAGUGCAUUACAGUAAAAUUAGAUCUCCAGAUUUCCACUGAAGCUGGAGCAUUAACAUUAGCAGCUACCCGCAAGCAGGUAAUGCUAAUACUGCUCCAGCAGUGCUAGCCAGGGUUAGCAGCAGGCCACAGGCCGAUAAUUCUCACUUCUAGACGGCCAAAACUCUUAGUGUGUUUAGCAGGAAAGGCUAAUGCUGCUCCAGCAGUGCUAGCCAGGGUUAGCAGCAGGCUACAGGCCAUACUGGAGCAUCAGUUAUAAGGCACACUGACCAUUUCUGAGAAAAUUAAAGGAUUUUAGAUGCGCCUUAUAGUGAGAAAAAUACGGUUUUACCAAAGCCCCUUCAGCAGUAUGUAGAUUAUGUGUCCCAUAAUAUACAGUACUGUGCAAAAGUCAUUAUUGAGCAGAAUUAUUUUUAACUGUUUAGAUUUAUUUAUUAUUUUUUUUAGUUUACAGCCUCCUUUCUUCUCAGGGCGCACUUUUUCUUUUAUUGUUUCUACCAGCCAAUCACUUCCAAACGUUCAGUGAUGUCAAGAGGACCCAUUAUCUUGUCUUUUUCCAGUUUAGGAAACUUACAUAUACUCAAAGAUCUGAACCUGUAGAAUGGAGAACUUUUGUCAAUGGUUUCUGAUUGCACAGUGCUGUAUGUUUGUGUGGAACAGGACUACAAUUCCCAUAAUGCACUCAGAAGAGCUUGUUCAGUGGGAGCACUUGAUUUACACAUGGUGGUUGAUCUCUACAUGUGGUGUUUUAACUUUUUUCACUUUUGUUGCUUUAAUGUUGAGCACCUCACACUGGCUGUCUGUGGUUGGAAGUGCUGGUUUCUUAGUUGAGAUUGGCGUUCAGUUCUUGUUUUCAACGUUCACUUCCACACUGGAAACCACCUUUCACUCUAUAGUGCAAUUCUUGGACUAUAAUAGUAUGUGAUAGAUGUUCUGUAUUUAAAAAAUCGGAAACAUCUCUCUGUAUAAAGCGUUAAAAGACCAAUCCGACUGAUUUUAAUUCCCAGAUGUUUUCCAAUUCCAGGCUUGUUGACUGCUUUAUGCUUUUCCUGCACCCUUAACCAUUAUAUUAGGACUCUCCCUAUCACUAGUGAUGCUCCAACACCAGGAGGGUGAAGACUAGCACAUGCCUCCUCCGACACAUGUGAAGUCAGACUCCGCCUCUUUUCGAACUGCAGCAUUGAUGAGUAGCAUCACAGCCUUUUGAGGAAAGCGCAGCGACUUGGUUCUGAUACAUCAGCUCACAGACGCAGCCUUGUGCUGAUCCACAUCACCCUAGGAGUGAUGAGAUGAAAGAGCGCCAUCUACUGUACGCACCCAGAGAGAGCAAGGCCAAUUGUGCUUUCUCAGGGCUCUGGCAGCUGAUGGCAAGCUGCAUGACUGGGAUUUAAACCAGCAAUCUCCCGGUAAUAGUGGCAGUACUUAGCCUGCUGGACCACUACGAGUCAAUAAAGCAUCUUUUAGCUUCCACGGGCAUGGCAAUAUUCAUUUUUCUUUACAGUGGAAAUGAUAUGAAACAACCUAUAGUUUGCCUGUUUGUUAUUGUAAAAGAAAAUAUGAUUUUAAUGAAGAUAUUUUUUGUUAUUUAGGCAUCAGUAUAAUAAUUCAUAUCUAUUUGGUGUACUAACUUAUAUUUAUAUAUGUCUAGUUUACAUUCACUACCAUGUUAACAAUUCUAAGUUGGUCUAAGUUAGUCAAGAGGUUCAUUUUUAACAUUUAAAAGUCACAGAUUGAAUGAUUUUUAAUAAUCAGGUAUACGUUUUAAAAGUGCCCAAAUCCACCAUACAAAUACUGUGUUUUUAGUCUUUCCAGUACAAAAAAAAAACCCAACAUAUUUUCCACAGUACUCAGCUGCAUCCAGUUAAUAAUUGUCUGUCUUUAGUAGUUCAAGCUUUUCUAGAACAAACUUGAAAUACUUUGUUUUUGUGCAAUAAUGUAAGUGUUAUGCUGCCAAUAAAGUUGUAUUAUAAUAUUUUAAAGCCAAAAUGAUUGAAUCU